GGGGACAGUUCUGUAACUUUCUAUGCCAGGCUCCAGCACCAUGACGGUGUCUUACACUCUCAAAGUGGCAGAGGCGCGCUUCGGAGCCUUCUCUGGCCUGCUCUUCCGCUGGAGGGGCAGCAUCUACAAGCUCCUGUACAAGGAGUUCCUGCUCUUCAGCACCUUGUAUGCUGCCCUCAGCAUCACCUACCGGCUGUUGCUGACCCAGGAGCAGAAGCAUAUUUAUGCCCAGGUGGCCCGAUACUGCAACCGCUCAGCAGAUCUCAUCCCCUUGUCCUUUGUACUGGGUUUCUACGUGACUUUGGUGGUGAACCGUUGGUGGUCUCAAUACACAAGCAUUCCACUGCCGGACCAGUUAAUGUGUGUCAUCUCAGCCAGUGUGCAUGGUGUGGACCAGAGUGGCCGUUUGCUACGCCGAACUCUUAUCCGCUAUGCCAACCUGGCAUCGGUUUUGGUGCUACGGUCCGUGAGCACCCGCGUACUCAAGCGCUUCCCCACCAUGGAGCACGUGGUGGAUGCAGGUUUCAUGUCUCAGGAAGAGAGGAAAAAGUUUGAGAGCUUGAAAUCUGACUUUAACAAGUACUGGGUCCCUUGCGUCUGGUUCACUAACCUAGCCGCCCAGGCCCGCAGGGAUGGACGAAUCCGUGACGACAUCGCUCUCUGUCUCAUACUGGAAGAGCUGAACAAGUAUCGGGCCAAGUGCAGCAUGCUAUUCCACUAUGACUGGAUCAGCAUCCCCCUUGUCUACACCCAGGUGGUGACCAUAGCUGUCUAUUCCUUCCUCACCCUUUCCCUGAUUGGCCGCCAGUUUGUGGAGCCAGAAACAGGGGCUGCCAAACUUCGGGAGCCUCUGGAGCCAGGCACGGAGGCCUCUCCAGCCCCGUGGGACCUGGACGUGUUCGUGCCUCUCACCACAUUCCUACAGUUUUUCUUUUAUGCUGGUUGGCUCAAGGUGGCUGAACAGCUCAUUAACCCCUUUGGCGAGGAUGACGACGACUUUGAGACCAAUCAGCUCAUAGACCGAAACUUUCAGGUGUCCCUGCUCUCUGUGGAUGAUAUGUACCAGAACCUGCCUCCCACUGAGCUGGAUCUGUACUGGGAUGAGGCCCAACCUCAGCCACCCUAUACGGUAGCCACAGCUGCUGAGUCCCUGCGCCCUUUCUUCAUGGGUUCCACUUUCAACCUGCGCGUCAAUGAUGACCCUGAGCAGUGCCUGCAGGUGGAGGUGUCCCGGAGGUCCGACCUGCUAGCACCUGCCAGGCGGACCACGCAGACCCCGAUGCUGGGCCGCCUCCUGGGUGCAGGAGCGCCCUCACCUGCUGUAAGCCUGCAAAACUUUAACGGAGCCCAUGGCACUCCCGCGACCCCGCACCUGCUGCACUUCCAAACCAGCGGUGAGGAUGAGGAGGCUGAGGGCAGCAUUGAUGAGGAUGAAGGAUCUGAGGAUGAAGCCUUGGAACCAUAUAGGUGGAGUAUCUAUAUUCCCAGUAAUGGUGGCCUGUUGGGAACUAUGAGAACCCUGAGAUUAACAUCCUGCCUGACAAUCACAAGGAUCUGGCUUUGCCCUGAGAAAAGAACGGAAAUCCACCCCCUCCCCACCUGCUACCCCGGAGGAGCUCAACCCCAGAUUUUGUAACCUACCAUUUCCCUCCUUCCUCUUCCCCUCCCCUCCAAGAUUUUUGCUUUAAAUAUGCUCUGCUCCACCAAGUAAACGGCUCUUGA